UACUACGCUGAUGGACUCCUUGAAGGAAUCACUGUCCAGGCGAGACAAAGCUCCAGUUUCAAUUCCAAAGCUUUUCCCGAUGUUCUGUUGGAAACGGUUCCUUUGCCAGGGCCUCCUUUACCAGAGAGACGCUCGCUAAUAAAUGUACCUUUGGUUGAUCCAGCCAUUUGGGAUACCUGUAGGACUGGCGCCAGUCUGCAAGAAUCACAGAAGCUUCCCGAAAGCAAGUUGGAGUGGACAAAGAAAGAAGACCUGCGACGUCUGCACUUUUUUGCUGAGCACGUGGAUGAUGUUGAGGACUUUCGAUGCUUGAAACUUGUGUUCGUCGUCACUCUGCAAGGCUUUUAG